GACGAGUUGGAAAAAGUGUGAAUCUUCGUACRAAACACCAAAAAGUAACAUUCAGAUCUUGUUUAACUUGAAAAACGCAGCUUAAAAAUGAAGCUGAAUAUUGACGGAUUGCUGGUAUAUUUUCCCUACGACUACAUAUAUCCUGAGCAGUAUUCGUACAUGCAUGAGUUGAAAAGGACGCUUGAUGCUAAGGGUCAYUGUCUACUUGAAAUGCCGUCAGGCACAGGAAAAACAGUGUCAUUAUUGUCUCUGAUUGUUGCUUAUUUGAUUGCAAAACCCCUGGAAUUAACAAAAUUGAUAUAUUGCUCAAGAACAGUGCCGGAGAUUGAGAAGGUGCUGGAAGAGCUUAAAGUUCUUGUGGAGUACUACGAGAAAGAGACAGGYCAAAGACCUAAGAUAUUAGGUUUGGCUCUGAGCUCACGAAAAAACCUCUGCAUCAACCCUACGGUUAUUGAGGAAAGAGAAGGAAAGAAAGUUGAUGGAAAGUGUCUCAAUUUGACAGCAUCUUUUGUUAGAGCAAGACAUAAAGAAAACCCUUCGGUUCCUGUUUGCGCCUACUAUGAGAACUUUGAUAGUUUUGGAAGAGAAGAGAAGAUACCAGCUGGAAUAUAUAACUUAGAUGAUUUGAGAGUCUUUGGAGAGAAGAAAAAAUGGUGUCCUUAUUUUGUGGCUAGAUAUGCUAUUUAUCAUGCUAAUAUUGUAGUCUACAGUUAUCAUUACUUACUGGAUCCUAAGAUUGCAGAUCUGGUGUCCAAAGAGCUUGAUAAAACAUCAGUUGUUGUAUUUGAUGAAGCGCAUAACAUAGAUAAUGUAUGCAUAGACUCGAUGAGCGUAUCAAUUACAAGAAGAACAUUAGAUAAAAGCCAUUCUAAUGUUGAAUCUUUGGCAGGAGUUAUCAGAAAUAUCAAAGAAACAGAUGCUCAAAAACUACGAGAGGAGUACAACAGACUAGUCGAAGGUUUGAGACAAGCAAGCGAGGCMAGAGAUACAGAUAUUGUUCUUGCCAAUCCAGUUUUACCUGACGAAGUCUUGGAGGAGGCGGUCCCUGGAAAYAUUAGAAAAGCAGAGCACUUUGUGGGAUUUAUGAGAAGAUUUAUAGAAUACUUAAAGACUAGGCUACGUAUUCAACAUGUUGUUCAAGAAAGCCCGCAGUCGUUUCUCCAACACAUCUACCAGCAAGUCUGCAUAGAGAGGAAACCACUGAGAUUCUGYGCCGAACGUCUAAGUUCCUUACUACAUACACUAGAAAUACCAGGGGCACAAGACUACGGUCCGCUUACUCUAAUUGCAAACUUUGCUACAUUGGUUAGCACUUAUAACAAAGGUUUUAAUUUAAUAAUCGAACCGUUUGAUGAUAGAACUCCUACUAUUCCUAAUCCUAUCCUACGAUUCAGUUGUAUGGAUGCAUCUGUAGCAAUUAAACCAGUCUUUGAUCGAUUCCAAUCCGUGGUCAUCACUUCAGGGACGUUAUCGCCAAUCGAUAUGUAUCCCAAGAUACUUGACUUUCGGCCCGUUACCAUGUCAACCUUCACCAUGACACUAGCUCGAACCUGCCUUUGUCCAAUGAUCGUUAGCCGAGGGAGUGAUCAGGUUGCUAUGACAACGAAGUUUGAAACUCGUGAAGACAUUGCGGUCAUUCGUAACUAUGGUAACCUAUUAGCCGAGAUGUCRGCCGUAGUGCCUGAUGGGAUCGUUUGUUUCUUUACAAGCUAUCAGUACAUGGAAGCAGUGGUGUCAACUUGGCAUGACCAGGGAAUAAUUAGCAACAUCCAGAAAAACAAGCUGUUAUUCAUCGAGACAACAGAUGCUGCAGAGACGAGUCUUGCUUUGUUUAACUAUCAAAAGGCGUGUGAAAAUGGACGAGGUGCCAUUCUGUUAUCUGUUGCACGUGGAAAGGUUUCUGAGGGAAUCGAUUUUGAUCACCAUUUUGGUCGUGCUGUCAUUAUGUUUGGUAUCCCGUACGUUUACACUCAAAGCAGAAUCUUAAAGGCCCGCUUGGAGUAUCUACGAGAUCAGUUUAACAUUAGAGAAAACGAUUUCUUGACAUUUGAUGCCAUGAGACAUGCUGCUCAGUGUCUUCCACAUCUAAAAUCCAAAGAAAAACGAACAAGAUAUAGAGCAAUAAAAAAAAUUGAUAAAAAAAAAUUGAUAAGCAAUCAAAACCACUUUAAGCUUCACUUAAAGGAUUGGAUUAUUUUUCAGCGAUUUUCAAAGAUCGAUAAAAGAGGAAAGCUGCCGAAGUGGAUACAGGAAUAUCUCAAGGACUCGCUUUGUAAUCUCUCCAUCGAUGAGGGAGUUCAGAUCAGCAAACGAUUUCUACGACAGAUGGCUCAGCCGUUUGACAGAGAGGAUCAGCUUGGUCUGUCGCUUCUGACUGUAGAACAAGUCCAGUCUGAAGAAUUCCAAAAGCGAAUCAUCCAGUCAGCAAUGGCCUAACUCUCCUUUAAAAGCACAKGCAKCCCAUCCAAUCAGAUAUUGCUUGACUCUCAUCCCAAAUUCUCUAAUCUCGAUGUAGACUUGGAAGUUGAUAAAGACAAACGUGACGGAGUGCGUACAYGAAGGCGAGUUGCAAUGAUUCGGAAGAAAUUGUAUGCUCUUUUUGUAAGAACAGGCUACUGGAACGGUGUUGCUGUUAUCACAAUGCCAUGAUUUUGAGGUUGUUGUUAUCGUAGGCAGAUUGAACACGAAAAUGUUAACAUUUUUCACAUAAACAUGUAAUUCAGGGCGGUCUCCCUUCAUCAAAUGGCUGACCAUAAUUCAUGCGGCGUUUGCAAUAGUGCUCAAGUACGGGAAUACAUGUGAAUACUUCACUUUUUUAAGUGAGCAAUCUGGAUUUUGAGCACAAGAUACGUGUUCAAGUAAUGACACGACUAUAAUAAACUAAAUUUUUCAAUUCA